ACGCAGCCAUUCCCUUUUUCAGAAGAAUGGCUGUGAUUGGUCUUAUGAUGUCAUUAAUCGCUUCCGGAGCGAUUAACCCAGGCAGAUCGAAAACGCUAAAAAAUUGUCGACGACUACUCACGCGAGUUCUGGGGCUCGAUUCUUGAAUUCAUUCGCAAGAGAAACUCCGCUUCAUCGAAAAUGUUAUAAUGUAUAUGUAUACAUAUAUACGUGCGUAUGCAUUACUCCAAUACGCAAUAUACGUCGCCGAUGCAAACGAGUCGUGCGUCUACCUCGACGACGUUUCCGCGGCAUAAAUAUGUAAAUACAGUAUGGCCGAAAGAAGCGGAAGCUUCAUCAAUUUUCCGGAUGGCAUUUCGCUAUGCGAACUGACGGAGUUAUAAACUCGUUUUCCCGCUCGAUGUGAUUCCCGUGGACUCGCGAAUCCCCGGAACGAAAUGACGUAAACAUCUCCGCCGAGAUCCUUUACCGCGCAUUUCGGCUGGGUUCCGGAUAAGAAUGUCACUCGGUCGCCACUGGUAAGAGAGACGGAGAAAGACAGAAAGUGAAAGAAAGAAGAAGAAAAAGAGAUGUUAUGUUUAUAUCUCGACGAGGUAGGAGGACACACUCGUGAACUCUAAAAUAUCCGCGGGAGGAUGAUGGAACAACACGACGAGCGGAGACGUCGUCAGUGCGUCAUCACGUUCUAACGUUAUGCCGCGGCAGGCCUACAACAUCGCGUGCCCCGACAUCUCGCUCGUCGUCGACGAUGCCGUCAAAGCUGUAAGCACCACCGCUACCGCCGCCGCUGCUGCUGCUGCCGCCAUGGACACGGACGUUGAGCUCGGCAAGGGCGGCGAGGGAUGCGAAACUAUCCCGGGGUGCUCCGGCUACUCCAGCAUGGUGCACAGCAAGAAGGUAAUUAAGCACGCGUUACGACAGCAGGCGAAGAGGCGCAGGAAGAACACGACGAUAGCGGCAGGCAAUUCCCGCACGUUGCCUAGGAUCGUCGUCAAGCCGCUGCCACCGCCGCCGCCGAACGAUCCACCGUCCCCUGUCAACAAUGUACAGCAUGUCAACACUGCAGCUGAAGAACCUGCUGCCACGAUGAGAGAAGUGUUGGCAAGUUUACCUGGAUUUAGCUUAAAGUCAAGUCGCAGGCGAUCUACAAAGAGACUGUCCGCAACCGCGCAAUUAGAAGCUGGUCUCGUGGAUUUGGAAUCUCCAGCGAGUAUAUUAGCAAGUACGAGCUUACGCGCGCUGUUAAAUAGGCAUACGUUUCAAGGCUUGCCUCCAUUAUAUCAACGGAAGCUUGCGCAGCUUCUGCCUGCUGUAGAUAGACAGGAUGCUGCUAUUUCUGGAUUGAACAAUGAAUUUUUUGCAAGAGCUUGCCUAGAAUGGCGAAAACGUUUAGCAGAGGGAGAAUUCACACCGGAGAAUCAGCAACGUCUGAAAAUGGAAGCGGAACGAGACAAGAAUAAGUUAGAUCCAUGGAAAGUGAAGCAUUUUGAACCGAUAUGGGGGGAGAAACGAGAGCCUAAACUUAAAUCGAAUCUCCAUUAUAUUACUGAGUCGCGUUCUAGUGGUGCAGUAACGCGUUCAAGUUUAAGACUUCGUCUGGAAUCCAAUGUGGAUAUUCCUACAUCGGAACAUGCCGUCAGUCCCAUUGUGAUGACAGAGGAUAAAGUCGACACUAGCUGCAAGACCGAAAUCAGCAUAAAGAGUUCCGACGAUCUGGUUAAUUCUGAAGAGGUGCAACAGAAUUUGAUGCCUUUGGAUUACAAUCCGUUAUCGGAUAAUGUGACCGAUGAGAAACAUGAUUUAGAUGAUUCUAUGCAGAUGAAUUCCAUGGAAGUGAUGGAAGAUAUUCAAAUGCAUGAAAGUAAAAUAGAAGAAGUUGACAAGAUCACAGAUAUCUGUGAAAAACAAGAUAUGAUUGAGGCUAGUGACAUUGCGAGACAAAUAUGCGAAGAGGCCAUCUCGAAUGUAUACGAGGAAGAAACAGAUUUUCCCUCCAGCGAGAAAAACUUACAACCUAUGGAAAAUAACAUGAUUGAAGCGUCAGAAGAGGACACUGUGCUACUGCCCGAUGACAAUUCGUCGCCCAGAUCAAGCGAACAGAUAGAACGUGCAUCGCACACGUCUGGCGAAUCAAUUUCGCAAUUAUCCAGUGAAUAUAUAUCACAAACAUCCAUAGAUCAAAUCUCGCAGAUUUCAAAGGAACAGAUCUCGCAAAUAUCCAGCGAUCAGAUUUAUCAGAUAUCGGAUUGCGAAACCACAAGUAUCCUUGAAAGCUCAUCGCCGCAGGAUCAAGUUAGGCCCGCGGAUAUUGUAAUAGAGGACACCAGUUUGUUGAAUAGCGAUCAGACCGAGAUGACGCAGACAUCCCAUGAAAAUCCAGCAGACAGCGAGUCGCAAAUUCCAGAGGGAAUGGAAAUCGACAGUGAGACAUUACAGCGUAUCCACGAACUCGAGGUACGAGGAGAAAUGCGGGAAAUGUACGAGGAGAUUUCGGGAUGUCCAGAAGAAAUAAUAUAUCCCAUUCUUGAGGGAAUGGAAAUGGCUUCAACCAAUGCAGAAGUAACCGAACCACAAGUGGUAUCUGGUCAAACUGAAGAUACUACGGAUGUAAAUGCUGGCAAUGAGGAAGAAGCUUUACGAGAAGCAAACAAUUACGUCUGUUCUGAAAUGUUAGAAUGUAGCUGGACAGUGGAUCCGACUGUUAAUAACAUCAGUAAUAACACUAGAACGCAAGAAGAAUUGCAGGUACCUUGGCCUUUGGUGGCAGCUGCUCUUGAUGGAUCUGUAGCGGCUAAUAUCACAGUAACGACGCAAGAUGAGUGCAGUGAGACCUCCACAACGACCGAUUCCACGACGUCUUCGCAACAGUUUAUUAACGCGGAUACCAAUGUGGAAUCUGUUAACUGUAUUCAGUUACCAGUUGUUCAAGGAACCACGUUUCAAUCGGAUGGGUUAGCUAUCAGCACGCCGGGAAGCAGUUGCGUCAUGAAGAGCUUGCAGUCGCAAAGUCCGCCGAUCAUCGCGUUUCCACAAUUGCAGUCAAUCAGAUUUGUGCAAGCGAGUUUUAAUCCGGAACAAGAGACGACGUCCUCGCUGGCAAAUAAUACGUCUACGAUCUCAGCUCAACUUCAGCCCCAACAAACCAAUACUGCACAGGUUAACAUGAUACGAGCGCAGGAUACCAUCACUCAAAUAAAUACUCAAAACAACAGUACACACAAUAAUGUGAAUCAGAACACAAUUGCGACGCAAGGUCAAGUGCAAAAUACUCUCCCGGCUACAAUGGGAGUGCAAUCUCAGAAUCGUGGGCAGAAUGCGAUCGUUAUUCAACAUCAGACUACUACUUCCGCUCAACCUCGACAAAUUGUGGCGGCCAGUGUACAUCAGCCACAGCAGCAGCAGCAGCAACAACAGCAACAGCAAACGCAACAACAGCAGCAGCAAUACGCUGGAUCAUCAGUAACCGUUUCGUCACGGUCCUCGCGUGUGUCUAAUCAAGGCAGCCAGAGAGGCUCCAGAAACAAUAAUAAAGAACAAGGAAGUGGUAGAUCGAGAAGCUCUACAAAAGAGCCCCCGGGUGCCGUCAAUUUGGAACGCAGCUACCAGAUAUGUCAAGCGGUCAUACAAAGUUCACCGAAUAGAGACCAACUGAAGGCCCAUUUAAAACCACCGCCAAGUCUACUCGCUAGAGGAGACGGUGCGUUCACAACCAACAAAUCUGGCGGACGCACCCUGACGACGGUCAAACCUCAGAAGACGCAGCAAACGAUACAACACAAUAAACAAGCUCAAAAUAAAACGCAAGCGGUUAUGUUGAGACAUGUAUUUGCUACAGCGCGUCAAGCUACAUCAACGGAGGUUACAGAAACCACUCCUGUAGCGCAGCUUGGUUCCACUACCAGCAAUGGUCUUGGGCAAUAUAUACUUGUACAAAGGACGGGAGUUGGAGAUAGCGCACCGAGAGCAUCUUCCGCUCCUCCAUUACCGCCGCAGAUCGCGGGAAUGGGUGUUGGAGUCCAUUUAGUGCGAGGAAGACCGGCGAGCGCCGGCGAGGGCUCUCAUCAGGCUGUCACCCUGAAGGCGAGAGGUGCGGAUAACAGAGUGACAGGUGGUGCGGAACCAGGUGCACCCGGCAUGAUAAUUGGCGGCGAUCCGCCACCUCCGUGUGAAUGUAAUAUGCGAGGAGCCAUGGUAAUUUGUCGGCAGUGUGGUGCCUUCUGCCACGAUGACUGCAUCGGGCCUCAACGUAUCUGUGCUACCUGCCUCAUACGUUAAUCAUGUCAUCUUUAUUCAACCAUUUGUGUAUAAAAUUAAAUCCGUUAUAAGAUAAGAGUGCUGAGCAUUCAGUUGGUAAACAGAAAAUACCACGUUAUCGUAUUAAUGAAUUUAUAUAUGUAUAUAAGAUACAAACACACACACACACACACACACACACACACACACAUAUAUAAUGUAAUAUAUAAUAAAAUUAUAUUACGAAGUAUAAUUAAAAAGUUUGGGGACAAAAUUUCCGCAAUAGUCUGCUAAAUAUUCCGCAAUUGGCGUUUGACAGUAUAUUAUAUUUUGUAUGAGAUAUAUAAUAUUGAAUCACUACUUCUAUCUGAGUUUACUUGUUAGUAAAUAUUGUCCCGGAACUUUUAGUCAUACUACAUAAAAAUGUACAUGUACGUUGAUAUGAGUGCAUAGUCAAACAGAUGAGACUAGUAUUUCCAAUUGCUAAAACUGAUUGCCAAAAUAAGUUAUUUUAUGUUUUACUGCGAAAUUGCAAUUGAAAAGCAAUAAAAGAAAUAUUUAAUUUAU